AUGGCCGAUGCUCCUGUAUACAAUGCCUCCAUCCCCAAUGGUGGAGAUCCCUUGAAAGUGGACGUGAACGCCCAAUACGUAGGGUUUGAAUGGAACUAUACUUAUAUCGUUUUCUGCGGCUUCAUUGUCUGGUUGAUUAUCCCCGGCAUUGGUCUGUUCUACAGCGGCCUGGCUCGAAGGAAGUCCGCACUCGCUUUACUUUUCCAAUCGCUCAUGAUUGUAGCUGUGACAACCUUUCAAUGGAUAUUCUGGGGCUAUUCGCUGGCAUAUGCCCGCGAUGCCGGUCCUUUCAUUGGAACCUUGACGAACUUUGGCUUGAAGAAUGUGCUGGCUGCUCCAUCGCCAGGCUCGGCGGUUCUGCCGGAGAUUGUGUUCUGCUUUUACCAGCUUCUGUUCUGCGCGUGCACGGUAAUGAUCGUUGUUGGCGGAGCAUUCGAACGAGGAAACAUGCUUCCAUCGCUGGUCUUCAGCUUCUUCUGGGCGACUGUGGUUUAUUGUCCCGUGGCCUGCUGGACUUGGAACAGCAAUGGAUGGUUGUACAAUCUGCCCGCCCUUGAUUUCGCUGGCGGAGGGCCUGUCCACAUCGCAUCUGGCUGGUCUGCACUGGCCUACGCUCUGGUUCUGGGGAAGCGAAAGCACAUGGAUGAGCCCUCACAUGGAAAGCCUCACAAUACAACGCUUGUCUUUCUUGGGACAACAUUGAUUUGGUUCGGAUGGUUUGGGUUCAACGGAGGUUCGGCCCUUAAUGCGAGUGUAAGAGCUAUGCUAGCAGCAUUCAACACCAAUACGGCGGCUUGCACAGGUGUCCUUGGCUGGGUAUUAGUGGACGCGAUCAAGAAUCGUGGAAAAUUCUCGGUAGUAGGCGCCUGCCAGGGAGCGAUUGCCGGAUUGGUGGGAAUUACCCCAGCCGCCGGCUUUGUCUCCGUGUGGCUCGCAGCGUGCAUUGGAUUCCUCACCAGUAUCGUGUGCGCGCUUCUCCAGAAUGUCAACAAUUGGCUACAUAUCGAUGAAGGGAUGGACGUGUUCAAGCUGCACGGGAUCGGAGGUAUGGUUGGGGCUUUUCUGACGGGAAUCUUUGCGUCGCAGUCGGUCGCAGCGCUCGAUGGUGUGAGCGAAGCCGCCGGUGGCAUCGACGGCAACGGAAUGCAGGUCGGAAAGCAAUUGGCGGAGGUGUGUGCGAUCUCUGUAUACUCAUUCACCGUGUCCUGCGUUUUGCUAUAUCUUUUGAAAUGGAUUCCCGGCAUGCACUUGCGGGUUCAUGAGGAGGCAGAGAUGGUGGGCCUGGACCGGGCGCAAUUCGUCGACGAGCAGAUCGGCGAGCGGACCAUUCUCGACGAUCUCUUUGUGUCGUCGUCGUCCACCCCAGCCCAGGCGAGUGUGGUCAAUGAGUCUAGUGGUGUCUCAGCGGGGGUUAAGGACCUGAAGAUGUAA